AUGGUCGCCCCUAUUCCGGUCAUCGGUUUUAUGAUUGCUGGCGCGUUGAUUAGCAAGACUGUUGAUGUUGCCAUUCCGUAUAUUGCCGAGCAGGCAAAGGGUUGGAGAUGGGGGUGGGCCAGAGAGCCUCAAAUCCCAGCUUAUUUGAGAGGAAAGGUUAACACAGUCGUCGUUGCUCACAGAGUAGCACCUCGUCUUCAAAUCUGCGCCGCUUACGAAGCCUUGUUCGCCCUGCAUCCCGAGAAUCACGCUUCUCCGCCCCUUUUAUACACGCUUCUCUCGGUCCCAUUGCCAUCGCAUAAUGCCGGCGCCGUUGCUCGUCUCGAUCACAUGAUAGCAAUCCUGCACCAACUUGAUGCAAAGAUGGCACCGUACUUCGAGACAAAGGAUAACACCUUUCGAGGAAGCGAAUUAAGGAGCCAGGCACAGAUGGCGAUCGAUACGUGGAUCCUCGUCGGUUCCAUCCUUUUGGACGAAAGGGUGAAAGCUGAGUACGACACCAUUGUGGUUCGGCCUACCGUUCUCGAGGGCAAAACGGUGAAGGAGGUACUGCUGGAUGAUGAGCUUUGUGGCAAGAAAUGGGGCGACAGUAGUACGGGUUCUUGA